GCGGUGGCGGCGGCGGCGGCUGCGGCGUGAGAGUCGCCGCGCGGGCCAGGGGGCGCCCGACGGCGUCCGGGGGCGCGGCGGCCCGAGGCCUGAGGGAGGGGACGCGAUGCUGGAGACCCUGCGCGAGCGGCUGCUGAGCGUACAGCAGGAUUUCACCUCCGGGCUGAAGACUUUAAGUGACAAGUCAAGGGAAGCAAAAGUGAAAAGCAAACCCAGGACUGCUCCACGCUUACCAAAGUACUCUGCUGGACUGGAAUUACUUAGCAGGUAUGAGGAUACGUGGGCUGCACUUCACAGAAGAGCCAAGGAGUGUGCAGAUGCUGGCCAGCUGGUGGACAGUGAGGUGGUCAUGCUGUCUGCCCACUGGGAGAAGAAGAGGACCAGCCUGAGCGAGCUGCAGGAGCAGCUGCAGCAGUUACCUGCUCUCCUCCAGGACUUGGAGUCUCUGAUGGCAAGCCUGGCUCAUUUAGAGACAAGUUUUGAAGAGGUAGAAAACCACCUGCUACAUCUGGAGGACUUGUGUGGGCAGUGUGAGUUAGAAAGACAUAAGCAGGCCCAGGCCCAACACCUGGAGAGUUACAAGAAAAGUAAGAGGAAGGAGCUUGAAGCCUUCAAAGCUGAACUAGAUACAGCGUACACACAGAAGGCCCUGGAAAUGGAGCACACCCAGCAACUGAAGCUGAAGGAGCGCCAGAAGUUCUUUGAGGAAGCUUUCCAGCAGGACAUGGAACAGUACCUGUCCACCGGUUACCUGCAGAUCGCAGAGAGGCGAGAGCCCAUGGGCAGCAUGUCAUCCAUGGAAGUGAAUGUGGACGUACUGGAGCAGAUGGACCUGAUGGACAUCUCAGACCAGGAGGCUCUCGAUGUCUUCCUGAACUCCGGUGGAGAGGACACUAUUGUGAUGUCCCCUGGUGUGGAGAUGGAAUCCAACCCCAGUCAGACUAAAAUGAGUCUUCAGAUUCCAAGUCCCUCCGAAUCAGCAUCCCAGGCACCUGCCUCACCCUCUGCCUGCACUGACCUGGACACUGCCGAUGCCCCCCUCAUCCAGUCUGAUGAGGAGGAAGUACAGGUGGACACGGCCUUGGUCACAUUACACACCGACAGAAAGUCCACCCCAGGUGUCAGUGAUGACAGUGACCAGUGUGACUCAACUCAGGACAUUUAAGUGACUUGUCAGCUGUGCACAGAAUCUCCCCCCCCCCCCUGCAGAGCCAGGUGCUUAGAGGUUGUCAGUUUUACACAGUUAGAGAAGCACUCACAAUAAAACUUACAAACACUGUGCAGCUGGUGAGUAUAUGGGUCAUUGACAGGGGCUUAGAGCUGAUGUGACCUAGGCCAGGUUAUGUGGGCUCCAUGCCCUACCAUACUGGGAGGCAGAGUCUGUUAGCAUAAUAAUAAUUUUACCUAUCAUCAAGUGAAAACCUGGGAAAUAAGCCUCAGCAGAAAAACUCAAGGCAAAACAAUUGGUUUCCCAAGGUCCCCAGGGCAUGAGCUAGACACAAGAGUGGUGAGCAGUAACACAGACAUGCCUCUGUAGCUCCACUCCCUGGCCUAAGAGAGGAUGUGCAGCCCCUGCCCCACUGACCAAAGCAAGCCCAAUCCCUUCCCACAAGACAGACAAAAUGUCCAAAAAACUUGUUUUUAUUAUUAAACCUUGUAGUACAAACCUGAAAAGUAAACAAAGAACUGGCAAUAACCACACAGAGCCUCCCAGCGGGAGGGGUGCAGAGCAGCGCUAAUAAAUUAAAUGUCAAACUGUAAGCCAUAGGCAAAAGGUUACUGUCAAAGAGGGAAAAGUACACAGCAAGGCCAUAAAAACUGGACAACCACAUUGGAAACACUCGACUGUUAGGUAAUCGUUAAAUAGUCCAAAACAGUUCAGUCUUCUGCAACAACAACCACCAAAGUGGAUCCUAGACGUUCCUGGCAGUCACCACUGGCAAGCUCAGUGCAAUAUGGGGUAGCUACGGACUGAUCCAAUUAUGAAACAAACAACAGCUUGUGAAAACAGUUUCCCUUUUUUAUUCCACACAUACUGUACACACAACCGGAGAAGGGCAACAGCUACUCCAUUACCAUGUUCUGUUGUUGUUGAGUGAUGUAAGCAGCACUUAUAAAUGUUACAAGAAAAACCCUGUAAGCAUCCAAUCCAGCCGAUGAAGAAACUGAAAUGUAAGGCUUUUCUUCAUCUUUUCUCACCCCUUCCCUCCCCCCACCAAGAAAAGGCUCAAGUAUUUAAAACAAUUUACAGGAGUAUGUACAAAAGGGGUGGGGUUUUUUCUUUUUUUUUCUUUUUUUGUUAAAACAUGAAGAGAAAAAAUAGACAAGAUGAGCACAGAUGUGUUUUCACAUUCAAAAAGAACUGCAGACUUAGUGGCUCUAAGUGUGAGGGAAACAAAGAUUAAUGCUGAUGUGAGGGACACAAGCAGAGGUGGAGGUGGAAUGUCGGGAAAUUGCACAUGGAUGACAGGGAAGCACUUACAGUCAACUGUUGUUCCUUUUCCUCGAGGGUGCUAUUGAAGGGUUUUUUGUUUUUUUUUGUUUGUUUUUUUUUUUUUUUUUUUUUUUUUUUUUUUUUUGAUAAAGUAGCCAACAGCACCAAAAAAAAUAACAGAAUGGAUUUCCUAAAGAAAUCAGGCACAGGUCUCCCUCAGUGACCCUCCAAGGCAGGCAGUCUUUGUCUUUGUCUCUCUCUCCCUCGAACGGAUGCAUAGUGAUGUGCUGGUAUGAGAACCUCGUCACUCAAACCUCACAGUUUGCCUUCAGCUGCCAUAACCGCCCAGCCAAACAAACAGGGCUCUCCGGUUCCAAAAGUUACAAACUCCCUUCGCACGUGACAGAAGAAAAGACAGCCAAAGUAAAGCCAUUUCAAGUUUU